AUGGCGCUGUCACAAAUUCACCAAGGAGUAGAUUAUUCCAUUUUUGGCAAAAUUGCAAAUGCCAAAAUUGCCAAAGAAGCGUGGAAUAUUUUGAAGUUGUCAUAUAAAGGUGUAGAGAAAGCUCAAAAAUCCAAGUUGCAAUCUUUGCGAAGGGAAUAUGAAAGAUAUGAAAUGUCGAAUUCUGAAUCCGUGGAACAAUAUUUUUCACGAGUUACAGAUCUCGUCAACAAAAUGAGAGUAUAUGGAGAAGAUAUUCCUGAAAGCAAGGUGGUGGAGAAAAUUCUACGCACCAUGCCGAUGAAGUUUGAUCAUGUGGUGACUACAAUAAUUGAGUCCCACGACACAGACAUCAUGACAGUUGCAGAAUUGCAAGGUAGCAUUGAAAGUCAUGUGAGCAGAAUCUUGGAGAAAACUGAAAAAGGAAAUGAAGAAGCAUUGAAAAGCCAGGUGAAUUUUACCAACAUAGCAGAACCCAGCUGA